UACAUCUGUCGAAACAACAGCUGCGAAUUAAAAAAAGCGCGCGAGGAUGCGGCGGAGCAACGCGUUCACAAACGCACACACGACACUAAGGGCGGGUUGUUCCAACUUAUAGGACUGGUGACUGGUUUUUAUUUUCCUUUGCUUGCCUGGUUGAAAAUUCUUAUCUGGUUAUGAGUCAGUUCAUUACGGUACAAGUAGGGCAAUGUGGGAAUCAAGUAGGAGGAGCUUUUUGGCCACUUGCAUUACACGAGCACGGAAUAGAAACAACCUCAUCGGGAAUGAAAUUUCUGAAGAUCCAACGGGAUCACAUAAAACAUAUCGAUGACCUGUCCGACGCUUUUGACAGUUUUUUCCACGUACCAGGAAAUGCCAAACACCUUUCUUUCAAACAAAUAUCAGAUUUGGUUUCUGCCAAAGUCAAAGCAAGGGCAGUUUUAAUAGAUAUGGAGGACAGCGUUGUUUCGCGGUUCAAACAAGGUCCUCUACGAAAAUUGUUCGAUCAAACUUGCACAAUCACAAAUUAUCCAGGUUCUGGUAACAAUUGGGCAGUAGGGUACCAUACUCAUGGGCAGGCUUAUUACGAUAAAAUUGAGGAAGCAAUCAGAAAGACCGCAGAGAGGUGUAACAGUCUUCAUGGAUUUUUGAUGUUGCAUUCACUCGGAGGAGGAACCGGUUCAGGUCUCGGAACUUCGACUCUAAAAUUAUUGAACGACAAUUAUCCGGAAGUCGACAGAUUCGUUUCUUGUGUUUAUCCUGCUGGCAAUCAGGAUGUUGUCACUGCACCGUACAAUGUUCUAUUAGCAACUGCAAAACUAGUGGAACACGCCACCUGCGUUUUUCCGGCUGACAAUAGCGCUCUGUUCGACAUAUGCAACUCUGAGCUGCAAAAACGAGAUAACAGGGAUCAGCACGAGUACAAUGCUACUGGACAACCCUUUCAAGAUAUGAACAGUGUUAUUGUCAACAUGCUGCUACAUCUCACGAGUGGUGCAAGAUUUCCUGGGAGUUUGAAUACGGAUAUGAACGAGAUUGCUACAAAUUUAGUAGCUUAUCCAAAAUUGCAUUAUAUAUAUAGCAGUGUUAGUCCGAUAUCCCUCACCGCAUCAACAGUAUCGACAGCUCAUGGAGCCAAAUUACAAGACGAGCUUUUCAGUAACGCCUGGUCUAGAAAAAAUCAAUUACUUAAAAUUGAUCCUUUAAGUCCAAAUUCAGUGAUAAUAGGCAGCGCUCACAUUGCGAGAGGGAAUGCAUCGUUAACAGAUAUAAGAAGAAAUAUUGAAAGAUUUCAGACUAGGGCAAAAUUCACGACAUGGAGUAAAGAAGCAACCAAAAUUGGCAUGUGUUCUGUACCUCCGGCCGGACACACAGCUUCUCUUCUGUGCCUGCUCAAUUCUUCUUCAAUGUCAUCGAUGUUGAAGGAUCUGACAAUACAAUUCGAUCGACUGUACCAAAGAAAAGCUCAUGUGCACCACUACCUAGAAAUCGAUGGGUUUGAGGAAGCAGAUUUUGAGAAUUCUAGAUCAGAGGUGCUUUCUGUAUGCGAGCGUUAUGCUGAAUUAUCAACUCAAAAAUCGUCUAACGUAUCUCGACUUAAAGUCAUUUGAUCACUGACUUUAUUAAUUUUUGUAUUCUACUCACAUAACAUAAAGCUAUCGUAAUAAAAAUUGUACAUAUACAUAAAGAUA